GAUGUCACAAUCUUUGCUGAAGGCGACUGGUCAAAAGAAUGGAACAUGACACAGCCCUGCAUUGGCAUCAAAGGGGUAGGAGGAGCCCAGGCACCACUCCAAAGUGUUUGCACUUUACUGAUUGAAGGACUUGAAGACUCUUGUAGGUUUGCGUUUACAGUGCCUUCCAUCAGCGCAGCAGAACCAUCUCGAUGUUAUCACUGGACAGUCCUUCCUCAAGGGAUGAGAAACAGUGUGCCAAAGAGUCGUUGCCAAAGAGUUGUUGCAGACGUCUUAUCACCAAUCUGUCGACAGUUUCCAAAUACCAUUCUGUACCACUAUAUGGAUGACAUCCUUCUGGCAGUGGAGUCCGAGGGACAGCUCACGCAAGUACAUUUGUCUGUGAAAGCUGCACUAUUGAAACAUGGCCUUGAGAUUGCACCAGGAAAAGAACAAGUGACAGUUACAUGGAAGUACCUUGGAUUUCAAAUUAAUAACACCACUGUUCAACCUCAGACUGUAGCUUUACCCACCAACAUCCACACCUUGAAUGACUUACAAUCUUUACUAGGUUUAAUUAAUUGGAUUAGGCCUCUCUUAGGUAUAACAACAGAUGUCCUGAAACCACUAUUUCAACUCCUGAAAGUGGAGGCAGAUUUGACAUCCCCUUGACGCUUAACACCGGAAGCCCUGGAGGUGUUGCAGGAGAUAAAUCAAAGUCUGAGUUCAUGUCAGACUAAGUGAAAAGUGUGUGGCUUACCUGUUGUGUUAGUAAUUUUCAAAGGCAUCAAACAACUCUAUGCUGUAUUAGGACAAUUAGAUGUAAAACACAAGGACUUUCUGUUAUGGGAAUGGGUUUUUCUAAGUUUUCAGUUUUCUAAAUCUGUUACUACAUAUCCUGAGAUGCUCUCCAAGGUGUGCCACAAAAGCAGACUGCAGCUUUGGGAGCUCUUGGGAAGGGACCCAGAUGUCAUCUAUGUUCCUCUGUCUACUGUUCAACUAACUCAGUUGUUAAUUCAUGGUACUGACUUUCAGUUAG